AUGAACCUGCUGCUCAAGCAACCAGGGUUCAAGGGCUCCGCAGUGACCUACAAAUCCGGCGAGAGGCAACAGCUGCAGGACGCUGGGUAUGUCAUCGUGGGAAACAUCGGCGACCAGUGGAGCGACAUCCUUGGCGCGCCUGAGGGCGCUCGCACCUUCAAGUUGCCCGACCCCAUGUACUACAUCGGCUAG